UUUCAGCUUUCCUCUAUAACUCUUCUCUCUCUCUCCGAAGCGCCACGGUCAUGGCUCUGCUGACCCGAGCCCGCAUCCCUCUCCAGCUCUCGGCCCAGCGGGCCCUCUCUCUCCACACCACCGUCCCCUCCCUCUCGUCCUCCGCCCCCUCCGGCUCCACUCCGGCCACCUAUGCCCGCCCUCCUCCCCCUUCCGCCUCCCCGCCCCCGCCGGGCCUCUCCAAGGCCGCCGAGUUCGUGAUCUCGAAGGUCGACGAUCUCAUGAACUGGGCCCGCCGCGGCUCCAUCUGGCCCAUGACCUUCGGCCUCGCCUGCUGCGCCGUCGAGAUGAUGCACACCGGAGCCGCCCGCUACGAUUUGGACCGAUUCGGCAUCAUCUUCCGGCCCAGCCCUCGCCAGUCCGAUUGCAUGAUCGUCGCCGGCACUCUCACCAACAAGAUGGCCCCUGCUCUCCGCAAGGUCUAUGACCAAAUGCCUGAGCCGAGAUGGGUCAUCUCCAUGGGAAGCUGUGCAAAUGGGGGUGGUUACUAUCAUUACUCCUAUUCCGUUGUUAGGGGUUGUGACAGGAUCGUCCCCGUUGAUAUCUAUGUUCCAGGCUGCCCUCCCACUGCUGAGGCCCUACUUUACGGCCUUCUCCAGCUACAGAAGAAGAUCAACCGGCGCAAGGAUUUCCUCCUUUGGUGGACCAAGUGAGGACUUUCAUCUUGUGUUUGGGGGCCUGCUUUCGCGAUAUCUAAUCCAAUAAUAAGUCUAUCCGGGCUGGUUUGCCCUGGCUAAGCACCAUGAAAAGGGAGAGAUUUUGCACUUACAAGUUAUAAAUUUUAGGUCCCAGGGUGUCCUGUGUUGCGCUUGCUGCAUAUUUCCGUCGUUUUGGAGCUAUAACAGUAGCCAAAGAUUCUGUAAAACUUUUUUCUGUUUCAAACUGUGUGCUUGAACUAAUCUCCCAUGUUUAUCAACUUGUUCGAUUGAUUGUUGGAAGCUGCUCAUAGUUUUUGUUUAACCCGGGAUUAAGUAAUGUAUCCAUGUUUUUUCUGUAAA